UAAUCAAGUGAGUCUCCGCUCUUCGUCAUUUCAGUUCAAAACCCUAAAUCUCUGUAGAGUUUUAAUCUCCUUUCUCACUCGGUCGAUCCAUGGCUCCGAAGCGGCCUCCGCCAAUUGAACAGCCUCCCUCUGCUUCGUCAUCCGAAGGAGAAGAGGAAUCUGAAGAAGAGGUCAGUGAAGAAGAACACCGUGAGGAUGAAAACAGAACGAACGCACAAUCUGACGUAGAAGAAGAGGAAUCUGAAGAUGAGGAAGAGGAAGAAGAGGAGCAAGUGUUCAAGAAGUCUUCUGGUCAAAAGGCCGGUGCAAAAUCGCCACCCUCUGAAGAUUCCGAUUCGGAAGAGUCCGAUUCGGAGCAGACUCAGCCCUCGCCAAGCGCUUCAGAUUUCACUGUCAAGCCGAUUGUCUCUAAGCCGAUGGAAGAUUCCCCCGCUAAGAAGCCGUUCAACAAACCUCCCCCGUCGGGAUCGAAGCAUAUCGUUUCCAAUCAAACGGACGAGCUGACUAAACCCAAGAAAGGCUCGGCCAAACGCACGGUGGAGAGCGGGCAGAACGGGAAGGACUCGCAGAAGAAAAGCAAGGUUUCAAAUGGCGACGAGGAGGAUAGAGCCGUGGAGGAGAAGAAAACUGGUGCUAUUAAUCGGUUGUGGAGCGAGGACGAUGAGAUAGCGAUAUUGAGGGGGAUUAUUGAAUACUCCAAGACCGGAGGUGACAUACAUUCGGAUAUGGCUGCUUUUCAUGAAUCCAUCAAAAAAUCGCUACAUGUUGAUGUUUCGAAGAGUCAGUUGAUGGAUAAGAUUAGGAGGCUAAAGAAGAAGUACCAGGUUAAUUCUGGUAGGGGCCAGAAAGGGGAGGAUCCUGUUUUCUCCAAGCUUCACGAACAUAAGGCCUUUGAGCUCUCGAAGAAGAUUUGGGGUGAUGGAGGCAGUAAUGCGGUUGAUGAUGGCGCUAAGAGUAGCAGUAAAAGAGCAAAAACGAGUGUCAAAAAUAAUGAUGGGGCGCUUAUUGCCAAGGACUUUGCUCUCGAUGUUCCCGUGCAAGAGGGAUUGAAGGGCGAAGAAAAGGACAUAGAACUUGAUCAAAGGGACUUUUGGUCUAUGUAUCCAAUGUUGGGAGCAUCAUUGGAGAUGGAAAAAUGUCAUUUAUCAUUGUCAGAGGCUGGAAGGAAUUUUAUAAAGGAAAACAUGAGCAUUAUUGGGGAUGUGAAGGCCAAGGAGUUGGAAGAAAAGUGGAAGAGAUUGCAAGCUGAUGCAGCUGCUUUAUUCCUGAAACGGUUGGACUUGCUCUCGGAGCAGACAAAGUUGUUUUUGGAUGCAGUGAAUUCUUCAAGGUCAUGAGAUAAUGUUGGAGGCCUGGAGGAAAUUUGACCGCCAAGGAGUGUGUUGGAAGGUGCCAUGAGUUGAUUCGAGAAGGAGUUUUUGCUUAGGGCUUGAAGCAAUCUUUACAGCAGGAGUUGUGGUUGAGUCAAGUGAUUUUUGUUGAAAAUGAAUGAUAGAAAGGUAAGAAAUUUAAUCUAAUUAUGUUUUUGUUGUGUUUGUAUGGACACUGAGUGGAAAAUAGUAGGAGAAAUAUGGAAAAAUUGUGAAAACAAUCAAUGAGUUGUGUGGAGGUCUCUUUUGUUGAAAUACUCAAAUUAGAGAGGCUCUCCAUGCAUAUUUUAUACAACUAUAGGGGUACUUUGUGCACACUUGUAAGAAUUAUAGGGGUACCCAUUGUAACAUAUUGUUGGAAAGAUUAAAAUAAAAUCUCAAUUUUUUCCCUUA